GCCGCCCCCGGCCACUCCCCUGCCUCGUUCGGACGGCGCGCCCCGGCCCCGCGCAGUCCCACGAAGCGAGCGGCGUGGGCCGGGCCGGCGCCCUUCGCCUGCCGCGCCAUGCAGCGGGUCGGGCAGGAGGAGGUGGAGCUGGAAAAAAGUGUCCGCCGAUUGCGAGAGAAAUUCUACGGGAAGGUGACCAUCAAGGAUGCAGUAAUUCUCAUGCGGACAUUCACUAAUAAUCAUGAUAUCGCCUGCAAGCGCAUCAUUCUCUUCAAAAACCAGAUGGAAGAUACAGAUACGGAAGAUGAGGAGCGCCUCGCUGACGAUCCCGUGGCUUUGGUAAUGCCCCACCUGUUUGUCUUAUGCAGAGGCUGGAAGGUGCGGAAGUUGAAAGUGAUAAAUAAACUGAAGAAAGAAGAAGAGGAGAUGAAACAGAAACCAAAGAAUGACCCUCAAAAUGAGAAGAAAAUCGAGGAGGUUGCCCGGCAGCUGAAGGUCCUGCCUCUGACUGAGAGGAACGUGCGCAUGUUCAACAAUGCCCAGAACAACCUCAUCCCCCCAUCUGACUGCCAGUUUUCUUGCCAGCCCUGUGACAGCAUGUGGUGGCGUCGUGUCCCAAAACGGAAACAGGUUUCCCGUUGCCGCCUGUGUGGGACCCGCUAUGACCCAGUGCCAGCCGACAAGAUGUGGGGCACCGGCGAGUUCCACUGCUCUUCCUGUGGACGAACCUUCAAGGGCUUGGCCCAAAUGGGGAUCCCAUCUCCCUGUUACAUUUGCCGUACCCCUGUGUACCCAAGUCAUAUCAUUCCACCUCGCAGGACUCCUGGGCAACGGAGCAGGCAGCCGCAUUCCUGCUUCGCAGAGGAUUGUUAUAACCGCAAAGAGCCCCACGUCCCCGGAACCCACUGUGUGCACCCUCGAAGCCGGGUGAGGAACGGCUUGCCCAAAGUGAUCCACCCGUGCCAAAAGCACGUCAGCACGGGCUCCACCGUGGCCACCUGCCUGAGCCAGGGCAGUCUGGCUCUGUACGACAUCGACGAGCUCAUUUUGGAGGACCUGCAAGAGCUGGAUGGAGACGCCGAGAGCAGCAGUUAAGCCCUCCCAGUGGUGGAGGCGCCCAGCGAGUCCUAGAUGGCUGUUGGCAGUUGGGGCGGGGGCGGGGGGGCGGGGGGAGGAUCCUCUUUGCAGUUUCUGGUGCUGUGCAUGCAUCCUCCUCCCACUGGCCCUUCCCGGGCCUUCGACUGGCUUUGCACUGUACUCUCUUCUCCUGUUAGCAUUGAUUUCUGCUCUGGGGUGCUCGUCUUUUGUGCUUAUCCCCCAAGUGUAAUGGUCUUUUCUGAGAACAGCGAGACCCCUCAAGGAAGCUAGGAAUCUCCCAGAGAAUCCUCAGCACCCUUGCUCAACCACAAUUCCCCGGAUUCUUUGAGGGGAAACGAUGUACAUAGUAUGUGCCCCUUCAUGCGGCCGCCUGUGCAUUCGCCAUCGCCUCUAGCAGUUUGCAGAACUUGAUGUUUGUCUUAACUGAAUCCACCUGCUGCGACAUUAAAAGAAACAAAGUGCUUUUUGACGAUGACCUUGCUGUCCUGUUCAGCAAGAUCUUCCAUCAGCUCUUUGUAUGCCGUUGAGAGGAGGUAACGCGUGACUUGCUAAACGAUGAAUUUCUUCUGGGCUUGUACAUAAUAACAUACACAUUCGGGUUACACUUGGGAAAGAGGAAUGUAACUUCAUCUCUGUGGAAAGCAGCCAGAUCACUCAGGGCUCAGGGAAGUAGCGAGGUCAGAGGGGCCGAGCGGCUUCUGCUCUUUGGGGCUGAGACGGAAAGCCUCUUUGCCCCGGUGAUGCCUUUCCCCUGGGAGACUGCAGAGAGAAUGGGAACAGCCCCUCCCUCCCUCCUGAAUCUAGGCUGGCAGGAGAAAAAGGCUUUCUAAGCCCCCAGAACAGUAACCAAAGCACUAUUUAGACUCUCCGUUGCACACCACUAGUCUCUUGGGACCAAACAUUUGAAGGAGGAAGCUGAAGGACGCCGCUUACAGAUUCCAGUGCUCCGGUUCUGAGAGCCCAGUUCCCUUUCUCUUGAUCAGCUUUAUGUGAAUCUUUCCAAAGAACUUACAUAGCAUUUGUUCAAUGGCAGCAUUGCUCUUUGGAAGCUCUAUCAGUGCCUGCCUUACUGGUGAAACUGCUUUACAUUGGUGAACGUGUGUGUGUUGCAUUGCGUCCUGAUCUCCACGAUCAAAGCUUUCAAUUUCACAUUAUUCUUUUUCUAUCUCUCAUGUUUUUUAAAUCAAGUGUAAAUGUAUUAGAUAAGCUAUUGGCCGUUCUCAUUUUCCUUUCCCAGGUGCAUUGUGACAAUUAAAAUGACUUUUUUUGCUCACUGAA